AUGCCCUCUGUGUCUCCGGCGGGCUCCUGGGCCCCGGCGGCCCCCAACACCACGGCGGCGGAGGCCAACAUCAGCAUGCCAGAGAAGCCCCUGUUCCACGUGUUUGCCCGGCUGGACGAGGAGCUGCACGCCGCCUUCCCGGGCCUGUGGCUAGCGCUGAUGGUGGUGCACGGCGUCAUCUUCCUGGCGGGGCUGGUGCUCAACGGGCUGGCGCUGUACGUCUUCUGCUGCCGCACCCAGGCCAAGACGCCCUCGGUCAUCUACACCAUCAACCUGGUGGUGACUGACCUGCUGGUGGGCCUGUCCCUGCCCACGCGCUUUGCAGUCUUCUACGGCACGCGCGGCUGCUUGCGAUGCGCCUUCCCACACGUCUUCGGCUACUUCCUCAACAUGCACUGCUCCAUCCUCUUCCUCACCUGCAUCUGCGUGGACCGCUACCUGGCCAUCGUGCAGCCCGACGGUUCUCGCCGCUGGCGCCAGCCCGCCUGCGCCAGGGCCGCGUGCGCCUUCGUGUGGCUGGCCGCCGGCACCGUGACCUUGUCUGUGCUGGGCGUGACAGCCGGCGGGCGGCCUUGCUGCCGCGUGUUCGCGCUGACCGUGCUGGAGUUCCUGCUGCCGCUGCUGGUCAUCAGCGUGUUCACGGGCCGCAUCGUGUGCGCACUGUCCCGGCCGGGCCUGCUGCGCCAGGGUCGCCAGCGCCGCGUGCGGGCCAUGCAGCUGCUGCUCACUGUGCUCAUCAUCUUCCUCGUCUGCUUCACGCCCUUCCACGCCCGCCAGGUGGCCGUGGCGCUGUGGCCCGAUGUGCCGCGCCACGCCAGCCUCGUGGCCUACCACGUGGCCGUGACCCUCAGCAGCCUCAACAGCUGCAUGGAUCCCAUCGUCUACUGCUUUGUCACCAGCGGCUUCCAGACCACCGUCCGAGGCCUCUUGCGCCGCCACGGAGCCCGGUACGAGCCCAACAGCAGCAACAUGGUCAGCAUGCACAAGAGCUCCAGAGGCUCGGGCCACAAUCACAUCCUCGGUGCCAGCCCCAGCACCUUCACCCAGGACUUAGCCAACGGGCCUGACACCUAG